ACUGGAGGAGGAGGAGGCUUCAGGAGGGAAGCCGCUCAGCAGAUCCUGGCCGGAGGUUCAGCGGCAGAUUCACUCCGAAAGGAAAAUUAGUAAAGGGUGGUUCUGUCUACAUGAAGGUGGAUAUCAUCCAAAAGAGAAAAGUCUUAUGGAAAUCUGCCUGAUGCAUCCUCUAGAUGUGGUGAAAACCAGGUUCCAGAUUCAGAGAGGGACAACUGAUUCAAACCACUAUAAGAGCUUGGGAGAUAGUUUUCUCAAAAUUUACCAUACAGAAAGGUUGUUUGGGUUUUAUAAAGGAAUUCUCCCACCUAUCUUGGUUGAAACACCAAAAAGAGCAGUGAAGUUUUUUGCCUUUGAACAGUAUAAGAAAUUACUUGGAUAUGUGUCAUUGUCACCAGGAUUGGCAUUUGCUGUUGCAGGAUUGGGAUCUGGACUAACAGAAGCUAUUGUAGUUAAUCCUUUUGAGGUUGUAAAAGUUGGUUUGCAGGCCAAUCGGGACACAUAUGCCCAGCAGCCAUCCACUCUGAGUUAUGCAAGAGACAUCAUUAAAACAAAAGGUCUGGGACUCCAGGGGCUCAACAAAGGACUCACAGCAACUUUAGGACGGCACGGCAUUUUCAACAUGGUUUAUUUCGGAUUCUACUUCAAUGUUAAAAACAUAAUUCCUGUCAAUAAGAAUCCAAUCUUGGAGUUUUGGAGAAAAUUUGGGAUCGGUCUUCUCUCUGGCAUAACAGCUUCAAUCAUUAACAUUCCUUUUGAUGUUGCCAAAAGUAGGAUUCAAGGGCCACAACCAGUUCCUGGAGAGAUCAAGUAUAUAACCUGUUUUAAAACAAUGGCAACGAUCUAUCAGGAAGAAGGGUUUUUUGCUUUGUACAAAGGCUUGCUUCCCAAGAUUAUAAGACUUGGACCAGGUGGUGCACUGAUGCUUUUGGCUUAUGAAUAUGUGUAUCAUUGGCUUCAGGAAAACUGGUGAUGUAAGGAUUGCCUAUGAAAGUUUUUUUAGAGAUAAUGGACAUCUGCUCUAUAACACAGUGAUCAGAGCAGAAUCUAAUAUUAGUGUUGACAGGCAGAUAAAUUGUAAAGGAGAAAGCAACUUUCCUAAAGAACAAAUACAUCUAGAAAUUAUUUAAAUAUGUAUCUGGAUAUAUUUCAAACUGUAAUUACAAUCACAUUAUCUGGAACAUGGAGAUAAAAGUAAUCUAGAGCAAAUAUGUAACCAGAAUGGGAGAAUACUCAUAUAGACACCACAUUCAUAGGAACUUGAAUGAAUUCUAUAACAUUUUGGUGCCACAAUUCAUAUUUCAUCUUUACCAUAUCAAUAAUUACUUUAUCAAAGUCAAAGAAAAAUAUGUUCAAGAAAAUUAAACAAUUUUGCUGCCAUUUUAACUGUGCUCAAGUGCUUAGAUGAAAAACAAGGAUUUUUAAAUUUGUUUAAAUAUUCUAUAAUUAAAUUUCUAUAUAGGUACUUUAAUUUUUAAAAAUACUGUGAAAAUAUUUUAAGCACAUGAAAAUGAACAUUUACUGUAGGAAAAUUUUUGAAAUAGUGAUACCAAAGUUAAUUUUGAAAUGUUUUAAUUAUUCCAUUGACUAACACUUUCACUAUUUCAAAUAAUUAAUCUGAAUGGAUGAUGCUAUAAAUAUAGCAAUAUGUGAAUGUUCCUAUUAUAUAUCAUAUAUGUAUGUGUGUACAUACACACACACAUAUGUAUAUAUAUAUAUAUAUAUAUAUUAUAUCUAUAUAAAUUUUACUGGUUAUCAUAUUAUUUUGAACUUUGUUUGAAGUGGACCAAGUUUACAAAUCAUUAUGUCAGAAAUUCUUGACUGGGAAACAUUAAAUUUAAUACAAUAAACUCUCCUUUUUUGAAUACUUAUUUAGAAAUACUUUCUUGCUAACUGUUUUAUUCUAAAUCACAAAUGAAAGCCACUAUUUAUUGUCCAGUUUUUUUGUAUAAUUUUUAUGUGAUUAUUAGGAAAAAUGCACAAAGCAAAAUUACAUUCCUUAUUAUUAAUCGUGAAUGAUAGCUCAGGUGUGAAGUCUUCUGUCUAUGAUAUAUCAUGAAGGUGAAAAUGUUUAGAAUAGGUAAGCAUUCUUAGCAUUUCCAAAGAUUCUUGUAGUAACAUGUACUAAUAAAAAUGUCUUUGGUUUUUAUGUAAGCGCAUCAGAUUCUAUAACAAUACCUUGUUGUUAUAGAUGUAUGGCAUGGAUUAAAUCAGCAAAGAGAUUUUCCCCUUCUAGACAACACUUAUACCGAAGUGAACUAAUACCAUGAGGAAAUUUUUGUUAGAAACAUUUUUAAAAUUAAAUUAAAAGAUAACAUUGUCAUUAUUAUUUUUAUUAAGUUAGAGCAUUCAAAAUAUAAAAAUAAAAGGCUUUUAAUAUACUUAUAUACAUACACAGCCUUCUGUUGUACAUCCUUUCCAACAUGAUGUUUAAUUAUAUUUCAGCCCAAUCUUUUAAUAAAAGGACAAUUAAAAGCAGAAAUGCAAAGAAAAAUUAGAAUGUGCCUUCAAUAAGAUCCAAUUGCAUUUUAACUACACAGGUUCUGUUUCCAAAUUAUAUCAAAGAGGACUUCGCCUGCAUAAAGGCCAUGUAACUGAAGUGUCAGCCUCUCCUUAUGGACAGUGUGGAAAAAUAUAUCUAAAGAUUAUAUCUGCCAGUCUAAAAAGAAUACUUUUACUCUCUGGGAAACAGAGAGGAUAUAUCAAUGAUAAUGAACAAAAAUAAUCAAACAAAAACUUCACUGCAUUGCCCUUACUUUUUAGUUUUUUGAGUGACUUCAAGUUGUGAGAUAGUUCCAAUAUCAAAUAAUGUUUAGGGCUUGCUUUGUCAUUUUCAAUUUACACCAUGUGAGCUCUCUGAUGUUAAACCUUUAGACAAAAAAAAAAUUUGUUUUCCAUAUUAAAAAAAAUACAAGAACCAGAAGAAAUUAAUUAUAAAUAACAUAAUAACAAGAGACUUUUGAAAACAGGAUAAAAAAGAAAUAAAAAUAUUUGGUUUCAUUUCUGCCCAAUAACAAUUAGUGUUAUUUACCUGGAAAACUCUGCAAAACAUUUGACAAUGGUAAUUCUAAUUAUAUUAACUAUGUCAGUUUUUUUUUUCUGACAGGCAGAAAAGCCCCUCUUUGGACAAUUUUUAAAGUGUCCACAAAACAUUGGACUGGCACCUCUCAUUCUUUUGGUUUAUAGUCUACUUUUUCACUAGACUUGAAACUCCUAGAUGUCAAUAAGAGUUUAACAAGAUCAAAGGAAGCCCUGAGAAUUCAACUGCUCCAAUUGCUUACUCGUUCUCCUGAAGUUAUAAGCCUGUUUAUAGCAUAGAAGUUAGGUUGCUUUGGCUGCUACAAGACAGCUGCUUGAACGGGGUAGGGGUGGGAAAGGACUUCCUUGGUCAUGACUUUUGUGGGGAGUUUGUUUAUUGUUUUUGUGGGAAUGAUUUGAAAAUUAGCUAAUCUAGUUAUCUGAGUUUCAGAUGAGGCCAUGAAAUUGAUGUAGCAGGAACUGAAUUGCCAUAUAAGCUAUGUAUAGCAUAGAAAUAUAGAAAUCACAACUAUUUUAUGAAUGUAAUCUUUAACAUCCAUAUCUAGUGACAUACCCUUUUAGUUAUUGCACAAGUCAAAAAACCCCACAAUAUAUUAGCAUUCUAAUAAAUGAGUUUUGCCAAUUUAAAAAGAUAUCAAAUCAUUUCCAUGCUUCCAUUUUCAAGCAUGUGAAGAAGUUUCUAAACAGAACAGAAAAAAAUCCUGUAGAAUUUUGCCCAAGAAAGCAGUUAAGAUGUACAAACACACACACACACACACACACACACACACACACACACACACACACAUUUUCUGUAAUUAACAUUAAAUCAGAAUAUAAUUGAGAUGGAAUGAUUUAGCAAUUAAAAGUUUUCUGUGAAUCCAGAUAUUAGUAAAGGGAAUUUGUUAAAAAUUAAGUAACAUUUGUUUGUCUAGUACCACCACCAGUUUACCUGUAAGUGAAACAUGCUCCUGUACAACAAUGUAAACUUCACAGCAAGCCAUUUUUACAUUCAUUAGAACCGAACUUUCCAUUUUCUUUAAAUUACAACACAAUUUUGAGCUGAAAUUGCUGAACAUACAUGUAAGUCAACAAUAAAAGUACAACUUUGUUUCACAGUGGUUUUUCUUUUAACUUAAGUUCAUUGUAAAAAAUUGUCUUUGCAUUUUGUUUCACAUUAAACUUAAGCUUCUAAGUGA